AUGAACGCGGCAGCCAACUCGUUACCACAGCCGAUCAUUGUUGGGCUCGAUUUCGGCACGUCGGGGACAGCAUUCUCUUACACGAAACCCGUGAGAACUGGCCCCAGCCGUUAUGGCAGCGUCUUCACCCCGGCCCCCUGGCCGUCCGGAGGCUCCGAACAAAAAGUACCGACCCAGAUCGCCUACAAAGACGAGAACCCUGGACACGGCGGUUUUGGGCUGGAGGACUUUGUGUGGGGGUUUUGGGUGAGGCCGGGAAUGACCAUGUCAUCCUGGUUCAAGCUCUUUCUGCACAUGGAUCCCUCACGCACUCCUUGCAGCGACGGAAUCAUGGAUGAAGCGGUGCGGAUGGGCAUUCUCCGAUUGCCCCUGGGCAAAUUCGGAAUCGACUUAACCGCUGAUUUCCUCAAGCGGAUCCUCGAGACAAUUCACAGGGUUGUGAGCCCCCACGGAGAUCUGGCGAGCCAGCCCCUGGUGGUCUGGCUGACCGUUCCAGUAACGUGGAGCCCCGCUGCCGUCGGCGCGCUGGAGACGGCGGCCACCCGCGCUGGCUUUGGCCAGCGGACCAUCGGCAAGCUUGAGCUGGCCACCGAGGCGGACGCGGCGAUUCACCACGUUGUACAUUCAUUGGGAAACCGAUUUGAAGUGAACGAAGGUGUUCUCGUGUGCGACGUAGGGGGCGGCACGACGGUAGGACGUCUCCACCUUCCGGAUCACUGGCAAGGCCAGCGGAUCCAAUGGACUAGUCUCCGGGACGACCAAGUGGGAGGUCGAUGCGCGGGCGCUGCUGUCGAAAGCAACAUAUACCGCCUCUUGACCGAGCGGUUUGGGCGGGCAUUCGAGUGCCUUCCGGUCGCAGACAAGUGUCCUGGCAGCCGCUUCGGGCGUCUCCUGGAGAAAGCCAAGCACGAGUUCGGACCGGCCUCGACAGAGCCCCGCCCUCUAUACUUGCGCAUGGACCCCACACUCUUGCAAAACAACGCAUAUUACCGCAAUGACCAAGUUCACAUAACGAAGCAGGAUCUGCAGCGGUGCUUCGACCCGGUGUUACAUGAGAUCAUCGAGCUAGUUGAGCUGGAGAUCAAGAUUACCCAGAUGCAAUACCGCGGGGUCAAGAUCGACCACCUCGUCUUCGUUGGGGGCAUGACCGAGUCCGCGUACAUGCGCUGGAUGCUCGAGUUCAAAUUCGGCAACUCCUACAGGCUCGCGAUCCCAGAGCAUCCACGUCUUGCAGUUACCAGGGGCGCGGCCCUACGCGGCACGGUCGGCGGGAGAACUGAACAGGCGUAG